AUGACUUGGAUAGAACCAAUGGCACCUACUCCUGCGAAAGUAAAAGAAAAAAUAGCUAAUAAAAAGAAGGCUGCUGCGUGGUUUGUUUCCCAUUGCGAGACUAGGAGCAACCGUGGAGCCGUUGCUCAAGACAUACAAAAUGAGCUACAGAAGCGUGGACAUGUAGUUGAUAUAUUUGGCUGGUGUGGAAAAAAAACUUGUCCCAAAGACCGAUUUGAAGAUUGUUUGUCAUUAUUGGAGUCUGACUAUUACUUCUAUAUGUCUUUUGAGAAUUGUUUUAGUGAAGAUUAUGUGACUGAGGUUAUUUUGCAUCCAUUGCAAUACCAUACCGUCCCAAUUGUGUAUGGUGGAGCUAACUAUUCUAGGUUUUUACCGCCUAAUUCGUACAUUGAUGCAAGGCAACUGAACGCGACACAAGUUGCUGACGAAAUGGUUAAAGCUAUAAAAAACAAAACUGUGUACGAAAACUACUUCAGAUGGCACAAUUACUAUAACUAUAUAGACAGUAGAAGGAGUCCAGAUGUUUGCAAACUCUGUCAGAUUCUGAACGAGGAAUCUCACAUACAUUCUUCCAUCAAAGAUUUCUUGGGCUGGUGGAACCUAAAGGAUUACAUCCCCAAAUGCGGCGAAGGAGAGGGAAUGGUUUUGAUGAAGGACCAAUUAUUUUUACAACCAGUUGUAAUGGACAGGAUGUGA